AAUAUCUUAGCUGCCAUCUUGGAGCUGAAUUAAGUCGAUCCAGUCGCAUUGGUGGCUUCUGUCAAAUCGGAAGGGCUGAGAUCACCACCAUUAAGUUAUUUAAAUCCCAAGACACUCCCAACUACAACCAGACUUCGACCUGUCAACAACACCUAAGACAUCAAAAAGACCUUAAAGACCUUCAAAGAUCCCUUUAAGACCAUCGCAGCCCAUUACGACAUUAAAGCACAAGGUCUCACAGAGCCUGAAUGGAGGCCCACUGUUCAGGACGACAGUCCAGGAAGAGAAAGAGAGAAGGAUCAAAUGGAGAAGCAGAGGAGGGCGAGAAACCCCUGAAGUUCAAGCGUUGCACAGUGGGUCUGAAAUACCCAGCUCCAUAUGCAGACGAGAUUGAGUCAGUGGAAGAUAAGCCAUAUCAGCGUGUCACCAUGGAGGAAGCUCAGAGGGGCACUCCACCUGACAGGCCUGUGCGAGUGUAUGCUGAUGGUAUCUUCGACAUGUUCCACUCAGGACAUGCCCGUGCUCUAAUGCAGGCUAAAUGUCUUUUCCCCAACACUCACCUCAUUGUAGGCGUGUGCAGCGAUGGCCUCACACACAAGUUAAAGGGCUUCACCGUCAUGAAUGAGGACGAGCGCUAUGAUGCGAUUAGCCACUGUCGCUAUGUGGACGAGGUGGUCCGGAAUGCUCCAUGGACUCUCACACCUGAGUUCCUCACCAAGCAUCGGAUUGACUUUGUGGCCCAUGAUGACAUCCCAUACUCCUCAGCUGGCAGUGAUGAUGUUUACAAGCACAUCAAAGAAGCAGGAAUGUUUGCACCAACCCAACGGACAGAGGGCAUUUCGACCUCUGACAUCAUCACACGAAUCGUUCGAGAUUACGAUGUGUAUGUGCGACGUAAUCUUCAACGUGGCUACACCGCGAAAGAGCUUAACGUCAGCUUCAUCAAUGAAAAGAAGUACCACCUUCAGGAGCGUGUGGACAAGGUGAAGAAGAAGGUGAAGGAUGUAGAAGAGAAGAGUAAAGAGUUUGUGCAGAAGGUGGAGGAGAAGAGCAUCGACCUCAUCCAGAAAUGGGAGGAGAAAUCCCGCGAGUUAAUUGGCAACUUCUUGCAGAUGUUUGGACCGGAGGGAGCAUUGAAGCACAUGCUGAAGGAGGGUAAGGGGCGUAUGCUACAGGCCAUCAGUCCACGGCAAAGCCCCAGCAGCAGUCCUACACGAGAACGGUCCCCCUCUCCGACCUUCCGUCUACCUUUCUUCACCAAAACCUCCCCUCCCUCCUCCCCACACCACAGCACUGCGCUGGCCAGCUACACCUACGCCGCCCGUGGACAUGGAAUAAGUGAGGAUGAAGAGGAUGACGAAGAUUAGAAUGCAACAGUACUCCAUGCAUCUGUCUUCCAAGACUGGCAAUCUGAUCUCAGAAACUAAGCAAUCCUUAAACACUCAAUCGCUUUGUGUAUUUUUGCUAAGGGUUAUAAUUGAGCACACCGAGGUCACGGUCAGACCUUAGAUGUUCUUGUUCAGAACAUAGUGACCAUAGUCAGUUGCAGUUUGUGAAGGUUUUAGGUCAUCGUCAGUGAUGAGAUGCGAUUAUUUCAACUUUAGCAUCUUGUCUUGAAUUAUGCAGGAUUGACAGGGACUAUUUUGUGUUUUAGAAUGAGUGUACAUGGUAUUAAUACAUUUUAUUUUUGUUGUUGGUUUCAGAGUUCCGAUUAAUAUGAUUUUAAUGGUCUUAUAAUAUAUAAUUGUUAGAAAUCACAUAGGUGAUGUUGUAUUUCCUGGCAUGGGCAAGAUUGGCGUGCAAUGUCGAAAUUGCUGCAACUUUGCAUGCACAGUCUUUAUACAAGAGCUUAAGAUAUUAUUGAAGAAAAUGGUUAUAACUGUAAUUACAUUACACAAUACAGUGGCAAUAAAAAGUAUGUGAACCCUUUGGAAUUAGCUGGUUUCUCCAUUAAUUGGUCAUAAAAUGUGUCACAAGUAUAUACAAACAGAAGUUAUAAUUGUGUGCAGAAGCUAACAACACACAAUUAUAAUCUCUCAUGUCUUUAUUGAACUCAUCCCAUUAAACAUUCAAAGUGCUGUGGAAAAAAGUUAGUGAACCCUUGGAUUGAAUCACUGGCUUAUCCUCCUUUGGCAGCAGUAACCUCAACUAAGCGUUUUGAGGCUCUCUUGAGGUCUUUCCACAGCAUUUCUAUUGGGUUUAGGUCUGGGCUCUGACUGGGCCACUCCAAGAGGUGGAUUUUUAUAAUUUAGUUUUGAAGCCAUUCUGUAGUGGAUUUACUUCGAUGUUUAGGUUCAUUGUCCUGAUGUAUUACCCAACUGCACACACACUGCCAUUACCCUGAAGGAUAUUUUGGUACAUUUUGUUCCCUUGAUGAUGGCAAGCAGUCCAAGCCCCAAAGCAGCCCCAAAUCAUAAUGCCCCCUCCACAAUCCUUCAUUGGGAUGAUGUUUUCAUGUUGGUAUUCAAUGCCCUUUUUACUUCAUAAGUAGUGCUUUAUGUUCUUCACAAACAAUUCAACCUUAGUUUCAUCAGUCCAGAAAACAUUUUCCCAGUAGCGAUGUAGAGUGUCAAGGUGGUCUUUGGCAAACAAGGCCCAUAGCAAUGUUUUAUUAAAAAGCAGCAGCUUCCUUUGUAGUGUCCUGUCAUGGACACCAUGCCUGUUUAAUGUUUUCCUUAUAGUAGACUCAUGAACAGAGAUGUUCCAAUGAUUCCUUAAAGUCUUUCACUGUCACUCUAUGGUUCUUUUUUACUUCAAUGAGCAUUCUGCGGUGUGGCCUUUGAGUCAUCUUGGCUGGAUAGCACUUCUGCGGAGGGUAGCCACAGUACUAAAUCAUCUCCAUUUACAGACAAUUUGUCUAACUGUGUACAGAUGAAUAAUUAAGCUCUUUGAGAUAAUUUUGUAACCCUUUCCAACUUUAUGCAAAGCAAAUAAUUUUGAUUGUAGAUCUUCUGAGAUCUCUUUUGCAAAGCAUGAUCCACGUCAGCUGAUGUUUCAUGUGAAUAUCAAACUCAAAAUGUAUGAGUGCCUUUCAUAAGUCAAAGCAGCUCUAACCCACACCUCAAAUCUCAUUUCAAUAAUUGGUUUGCCAACUCCUGACUCAAAUGAGCUUUUGUGUAGCAUCAUUAGCUUAGGGAUUCACAUACUUUUACAAACCUACACUGUGAAUCUUUGAAUGAUAUAUUAAAUAUGUACAAGAACAACACAAUAAUUUGUGUUUUUAGUUCAAACUAAUUGCGUAUAUUCAUUAUUGUAACAUAGAUGAAGUUCAAACCAGAUUUUAAGAUAAAUGUAUACAUAAAUGCAGGUGAUUCCAAAGGGUUCACAUACAUUUUCUUGCCACUGUAGGUAAAAGUAAUCAAGGAUGUCUUUGAUUUUAACCUGCACACUACCAGGGAUGUAAAAUGAAAGCUUGCCCAAAUGACUUAUAUAUAUAUAUAUAUAUAUGUGUCCUGCUUAAUUACUUUUAACACAACUACACAGAUGGUCAAACUUUAAAUCAUCUAUUUUGAAAAGAGGUUAAGUCAUACUGUAAAAAGAAAUGAAAUGGCAUUUACGGUUCUUUAUGUACUCUUUUCAUCUGUCACUUUGAUUGAUAGAGCUUUUUAGAAACGACUUAAAUGUACUGGGUUAAGCUCAGUCGACAGCAUUUGUGGUAUAAUGUUGAUUACCACAAAAAGUUAUUUAGACUCAUUCCUCCUUUAAAAAAAAUAAAAAGCAAUAAUCUGGGUUACAGUGAGACAAUUACAAUGGAAGUGAAUGGGGCCAAUUUUUGGAGGGUUUAAACAGAAAUGUGAAGCUUAUUUUAUAAAAGCACUUGCAUUAAUUCUUCAGUUAAAACUUGUGUAUUAUUUGAGCUGAAACGUUGUUUAAAUUGUAAUUUUUACUAUAGUUUUAGGGUUGUUGAUGUUGUAAAAUUGGCUAACUUUACACAGAAAAGUGAUUUUAUCACACUAAAAUCAUGUAUGUCUUGUGGUUAAACUUUUGAAAAGUAUUUUAAUGUAAAAAAAAAUUGGCCACAUUCACUUCCGUUGUAAGUGCCUCACUAGAACCUUGUUUAUUGCUUCUUUUAAAGAAAUUGAGGUAUGAGGCAAAAUUAUUUUUGUGGUAAUCAACAUUAUGCCACAAAUAUGGUUGAUUGAGCUUAACUUGUAUUGAACCCGGAACAUUCCUUUUAAGUUUUAAGGGCUAGUUAAGUUGAGCUUUUCAACUGAAGCUUGAAUAUUAGGCAAGGCUUGUACAUGAUAAAGUUCUGCAUGGAAGUAUUGAUAACUGAGAAAUGAGACGAAGGAAUAUUCUAGGUUAAAUAUGAUUUAAGCUUCUCAAAUGCUGUUGAUUAAACAGAAAAUUUGUCCCUCAAUUUGUAAAAAACAUGUUGGCUGUUACACACUUACAAUGGGGUAUGAAUGGGGCAAACAAACAAGGAUUGCCCCAUAUUCAUUCCUUUUAAAUGGAUUUGUGUCGUUUUUUGUUUAUAUGAACGGAGUCGUCAUAAUGCGGUAAUCUACAGCAUCUGUGACUUUCAGUCUGACAGCGCUGAAUUAGAAUUUUACCCAGAACAUUCCUUUAAGGUCAUUCAUAGCCUUGUCAAGAUUAUUUAUGAAUAUCUACAGAUUGCAAGGGUCAGUUUUAGACAGUAUUUGUUUAAAAUGAGAUUGUACCACCAGUGAUUGUUACAUUUUUGUCUUCUUUCAUAAUUUGAUGGGAGGGCAGAGGCGAAAUAAACGGCUGUCCAGACUUGCAAAUUUA